AUGCCAUCCAGGGAGAAGACGCUCAUGUUCGCAGCGGCGUUUCUCACCAGCGCUGCCUCCUUCGUGCUGGUGUGCGUCGUUCUGGCCACCCGCUCCUGGAUCACGAGUGACAUCGACUUCUCUGGGGACGCGUCCUCCGUCACGGUCACCCUCACCUACGGGCUCUUCCAAGGCACCUGCGAGCAGACGGUGACGGGCGGCCUGCAGAUUUCGGAGACCUCCUUCCAAGUUGGCGACAAGCUGAAAACGGCUCAAACAAGAGCCACGAACGUGGCCAUCGUGGUGCUGCUGGUUCUCGCUUUGCUGAGCUCCCUCCUGAGCUCGGGAUUCACGGGCACGAAUGCCGUGAGCAAUCCCUACCAGACCUUCCUGGGGCCCACCGGCGUCUACACCUGGAGUUCCUGCACCGGAAUCCUCACACUUCUUGUCCUGAUACUUUUUGCAGUGAACAUAGAAAGCAACGGCCUCUCUAUAGAGCUGGCUGAGGUAUGUUACGCUAUUCCAACGACAUACACUAAAUCAAGAAACAAUUAUGGAUAUUCGUAUUGGAUCAUGCUGCUUAUCAUUUUCUUGAACAUUUCUACUAUUAUCAUCAUAUAUUUCUACGACCAUGCAAGGUAUUAUAAGAAGAAAGAGCAGGAAAGACCCAUCGAGAAUGCACCAAAAGAUGUCAUUCUGUUUUAA